AUGAAUUAAAUUUCUUAAAAAACAGGACAUAUUAACGAAGGUAAAGAUUAUAGGAAAAAGUUAUAGAUGGACAAUUAAAGAGAAAAAUGGCAAAUUUCAAGAGAAACAUUGAUCUAAAAAUAUAGUAUUUUAUUUAAUCCACUGAAAAGAGAAUGAAACAGAGUCAAAAUUUAAAACAUUCAAUUAAAUUCAAUCGUUUAGAUGGAAUAUAAAUUAUUUUAAGUUGGGAGAAUAGGAAUAUAAAUAAAUGUAAAUUAUAUAUAAGUAUAGGUAAAUAAUAAUAAAAUAGUCGAGGGGAUCAUAUGAUGAGGGAAAAGAAUAGAUUAAAGUUGGAGACUGGAUAGAGUUGGAUGAAGGAUUUGAUAAAAACACAUAAGUCACUUUUCGGAGUGAAUAUAAUUAGAAAGGUAUGA